UUGAAUACAUUAUGCUCGUCAAUUGAACGAAAACGCGUCCUCCUCGCUGCUAUCGAAACGCUAGAGCAUCGACGAGAUCCUGCGAGCAAGUUUUCCACCGGAGAAAAUUAGCGAAUUAAAAAGGGAAAAAAGCAACAAUAAGUAAAAAAAAAAGUAAAGAGUUGAUCGGAAUUAACGAAUAAGGGUCUAAAUCUGGUUGGUUAGUGGGCAGGACAAAUUUGUGAAACAUCUGAUCGGAACAAGGUGUUUGCGCAAGUAAUAGGGUGGCGCGAACUUCUACCCCGAGUCAGCAGGACCUCUAUCCUCUACGCGAUCUGGCUCAGUCUUGCCUUGGUGCUCGCGUCGAGUGAUAGUAUACGCGGUUACAUUUCCGCGAGUCAAAGCACGUUGUGCUACAAUACACGCUCGAUCGACAAUGUAGAUAUUUUACACUAACUUAUUAGUUGGUUUCUGACGAAUUUUCACCUUAUGACAAUGGACUUCCAAAGUGCUAUGGAAACUUUUGCAGAAGCUUGGGUAGCCGCCAACACUAAAAGUGCACCGCUAACUGAUCUAAAUCCUCAGAGUCACGCGAUCGCAUUAACCAGGAACUGUAAGACACCACCUCCUGCAUCAACCCCUGCAGCGUCACAUUUGUCGGGUCGUGAUUCCACUGAGAGUGUCUGUACACCUGUGCCACCUCGGUCUACCAAUUCUAUUGAAUCGGCUGUUUCCUCUCCAUCGGCUAAAGAAGAAUUCGACCAUGCCAAAUCUGGAAGUAGCAAAUCCCUGCCGGUCCACUGUAUCGUAGAAUCAAUCAGCAUUAUAGAAGAAAGCAAAGUAUCGCAGCCGUGGAGGAAACGUUGUCUUGUAGAGACAGACAGUUACGUUAUCAUACCAGUUGGUACACCGUUUCAAGGACUAGUGCAAGCUGCCCUUCUGAGACUUGGUUACUCAGCUGAAUGUGCCACAACAGCGAAAGGACUGGUUGUCAUCAAAAACUGGAAGGGAUUAAACUUUGAACAAAUCUCAGACGAUCCUCUAAUCACUGUUGGCGAUAUUUUGGGGGAACUGACGGCUGUUGCAACAUUAAGAAUUCAAAUUAUUAAAAAUCGCAAUGCCGCUUUUGGGGACAUUAAAGAUAAACUUCUCCAUUUUUUCCUUACCCAAUCGCAAGGACUUUUGAAUUCAACGGGAUGUCCUUUGGAUGAGCUUAUUUUAUCACAGAUAUGCCGUACCGGAAACGCACCUCAGUCGCCGGACAUAUCUGACGACUGUCGACGAAAAUUUGACCAAUGGUGGAAAUCCCAAUUCAACUCUCAAUCGCCUUCGAAUAAGUCAUAUUCGGGAGUCCAAUUUCCCAAUCAAUAUCCAGCAAACGCCCACAGUCAAAAGCCUUUCGAUCGGAAUUUGAUAGAUCCCCUCCAUUCGGUCAUGCAAACGGUACAAAAUCAAUUUCCAACUCAAAAAACACGUAUGCGCACCAGUUUUGAUCCUGAACUUGAACUACCAAAAUUGCAGCGAUGGUUCGCUGACAAUCAGCAUCCCAGCCGGCAACAGAUCCAGCAGUACGUCAAAGAAUUGAAUUCAUUAGAAUCUCGAAGAGGUAGAAAACCGCUAGAUGUUAACAAUGUCGUGUACUGGUUCAAAAAUGCCAGAGCUGCACAGAAAAGGGCAGAAAUUCGAAGUAUCGGCCCAGGACUGAACUGCCAUAUACCGGUAAACGGCUUUGCCGAUCACGGUUCGACGAAUGGAACAAAUAUUUUAUUGGGGGAACCCUAUCUGGGUCAUGCGCGUCCCGAUAACCACUUAAAAGGAAACAUUCCCGAAUAUUAUCGCAGAGCUUUUCAAGCAACAAGAAUGUCCGAUGAACUUUCUAAUGCCACGUCUGAAAUGGAAGAGGACGACGUUCCCGAAAGUCAGCCGCAAAGUCCUGUAGCUCCAUUGUCGCUGACGAAAUCUUGCAGGAAAGACUACAAAGGCGAUGAUGAAAGUUCUCAUCCUGGAAACUCUCCACCGACACCUGACAUUCAGGUGCAAUUGCCUACGACGGAAAUUAAAGAGGAACCUGUCAAUCUCCAUUCUCCGCAGGAUCAACAGUCCAUGUCGCAAAAGGAAGCGACUUCUGAUAGGGAAGAUAAUGGAGAAGGAGGAGACAAAAGCCGCAUUCAAUCGCUCAAUACUUCCCAGGCUGUUGAACGGCCGCUUUCUCAAAGUUAUCGGACAUCUCCAGAAUACGAGAGUCAACUUCCACAAAGAUGCAACGAUAGUUUAGAACGUUUAACAGCUGGAUUUCCAUUGGUUCCAAAUUCCAUGUUUAGUCAAAGUAUAAUGUACAUGAGUCAUUAUAUUCCCGGUGUCUCUCAUCCGACCCCGUCACCCCCGAGCAGCUCCAACGUGCUAGGAUUGACAGCCGACGAACGUAGGAAAAGGAACCGAACAUUUAUCGACCCUGUUACCGAAGUUCCCAGAUUGGAACAAUGGUUUUCAUUAAAUACACAUCCAUCACACAAUCUCAUUUUAAAAUAUACCGAAGAACUGAACUGUAUGGCGUACAGGCAGAAAUUUCCCAGAUUAGAACCAAAAAAUGUCCAGUUCUGGUUUAAAAACCGCAGAGCCAAAUGCAAACGGCUUAAGAUGUCAUUGUUCGAUGCCCAAACAUCCCCCGCUUACCACCACGGCGACCGGGAAUAAAAAUCGUACUUAAGCUGUUCCACAAGUUUCGUUUGCUAAAAUGCCAAAGAUUCUAACUGUAAUACAUUACAUUGUUUAUUGCUUCUAGUUUACAAUAGGUGAUAAUUGUCGACAGUUUGUACUUGUACAAAUGAAGGAAGUACCUACAUAUACAUACAUAUAUAGAUCAUUGUCCAGACAUGUUCAAUGUACGUCUCAGAAUAGUGCCAAAAGUCUGCUUUUCUUUUAGUUAUGUAAAACGUGCAAUUUUUUUGACAUGUUACACAAGCCGUUUUAAGAAUUGUUCAUUAAGCUUGAUUGUUAUAUAAACAAAACUAAAAAUUUAAGAAUAGCCGAGGCAUCUAUUCUAGGACAUGCUUACAUGUUUUUCAUCCCUGUCAAAUACAAUAAUCCUUCGUGAUUUCAGUUAUCCGCAGUUAUGAUAAAAAAAUCGUAAACCCUAUCGUCUAUAUAUUAUGAACUACUACAUUUGUCUUAAGUUCAAAAAUAAAUGUGAAUUUAAUCCUUAUUCUUUCUACUUACUACUUUCACUGUAUUUCCCGUACUUAACCUUUGCGGAUAACAAGGAAUUUACUGUUUCAAAAUUAAGGCUCGGAAUUGUAUUACAUUAUUUCAAUAUUUAAAUAUUUGAAAAUACAUAAUUCAAAAAAUA